AUGCGAAGUUCACUUCUCUCUCUCUCCUUCCUAUCCAUAGGGAAGGGUGGUGGUCAUCCUCCACCCAUGCGAUUCAUGUGGCUGUGGAGUCGCCUUACUGAUCCACACAUCCACAGGGAAUAUGAGCAGUGUCAAGGUGAUCUUUUGCCGUCUUGCUUGUUGUCACCACCAGAAGAAGCGACAGACCAUGACAGAGUAUUUGUGGAGGGAGAGUGUUUGCAUGCAACGGUGAGAUGUCAGAGCUCAGACGUCUCAUGUGUGGUUGUGUUUAGUGAGAAAGCGGUCAUCAAGCUGUCGCUGAUGCGAGACAAUCUCAUCCCGUCCGAUCCAGGAAUGGCAAGUGUUAGGUCUCUUACGCGAUAUUUAAUUGCCCUCUUCUGUGAGGAGAAGCGAUUGGUGCCUCAGAAACCGCAGAAUUCAAUUCAUGGCCAUUGCUCGGAUUUUAUCGGAGACCACUUUAAGUGA